GAUGCUCUUGCAGUUUUCCAGUUGAGACUCAGAGUGCCGCUGUUGGCCAGUGUGGGAUAAGGAGAGAAAGAAGGGGAUCUAUUCACUUUUCUUUUGAUGCAACAAUAAGUGAGUUAAAUUCUGCAAAUCUGAGACAGAAUCGAAUGACAACAGCACAGCUUCCAACCAAAAUUGGAGUCAUCCCCAUUAAGGCAAUAUCAAGUGAUGAUGCCUGUUCCUGACCACAACUUCUUGCAGCGUGAAAGUAACUUGAAAACACCACUCACAGAAAACGAAAGGAUGAAAACAGAGCAGCCAAGGAAAUGGAUGAAGAUCACACGGGGAUGGAGCAGCAGCCGGCCACUCAGGCGGCAAGUACAGCUUUCCUUGUUGUUCUCUUUGUUCUGCCUGACACUCUCAGAGGAGGUUUGGUAUUCAAUUCCUGAGGAAAGGGAGAAGGGCUCUCUGGUGGGAACUCUCGCCAAGGAUUUGGGUCUAAACAAGAGGGACCUGGUGAAGAGGAAGCUCCGUAUUGUUUCUGCAGCUAAUGAACAAUUCUUUGCUGUGAAUGAGGAACAUGGAGACUUCUAUGUAAGAGACAGAAUAGAUCGAGAAGAGAUCUGUGGAAAAUCUGCACAUUGUGUCCUUAACUUUGAAAUUGUGGUUGAAAACCCUCUGAAUGUUUUUCAUAUAAGUGUUGCCAUAGAGGAUAUUAACGAUAAUGCACCACAUUUUAUAAAAGAUGAUAUCAAGCUAGAAAUAAGUGAAUCCAGCUUGAUUGGAGCCAUAUUUCCUCUUGGAAGUGCUGAAGAUCCUGAUGUUGGGGUAAAUUCUCUCCAAAAUUACCAGUUGAGCCUCAACCAGUACUUCACCUUGGAUGUUAAAGAAACACCAGAUGGAAGUAAAUACCCAUUUUUAGUGCAAAGAAGACCACUAGACCGGGAAAGUGAAUGCAAACUCCAUUUGAUCCUUACAGGCCUGGAUGGGGGAGAGCCAUUAAAAACUGGAUCCACUCAUAUAUGGAUCAGUAUUACUGAUAUCAAUGACAAUCCACCAGUUUUCACUCAGGAAGUCUAUAAAUCCAGCCUAAAGGAGAGUGUACCCAAAGGAUCUUUGGUGACACAGGUGAAAGCCUCUGAUGCAGAUGAAGGUUCCAAUGCACUGUUAAGCUACAGUUUCAGCAAUGUCCCUGCUAAAGCUGACCAGAAAUUUAACCUGGACCCAGAAAGUGGGGUGAUUUCCAUUAGGGAGCCUUUGGAUUUUGAAGAGUCAAGAAGCUAUAUGAUGUUAGUGGAAGCCAAGGAUGGUGGUGGGUUAUUGGCACAUUGUAAGGUUGAGAUUGAUGUUCUUGAUGAAAAUGACAAUGCUCCCGAAGUUUUGUUAACAUCUGUAUUUAGCCCAGUUCCUGAGGACUCUCUACCAGGAACUGUGAUUGCUUUGAUCAAUGUGAAUGAUAGAGAUGAAGGAGAAAGUGGGAAGACUACUUGCUAUAUACAAGGCAAUAUGCCUUUCAAAAUUCUGUCCUCAUCUAACAAUUACUAUAAGCUCCUCACAGAUGGGCCCUUGGACCGAGAAAAAACCUCAGAGUAUAACAUCAUAAUUGCAGCCACUGACAAAGGCACCCCAUCUCUCUCCACAUACAAAAGCAUUUCACUGAAGAUUUCAGAUAUAAAUGACAAUUCUCCUGCCUUUGAAGAAUCUACCUAUAAUGUCUUUGUACCAGAAAACAAUCCCUCAGGUACCUCCAUUUUCAUGGUCGCAGCCUCUGACAUGGAUCUCGAUCACAAUGCCCAAAUCACUUACUCCAUCCUCAACAGCAACAUUGAGGACCUGCCUCUCUCUUCUUAUGUCUCCAUUAAUUCUAAGGCUGGAACGAUCUAUGCACAGCGAUCCUUCAACUAUGAGCAAUUCAGGGAGUUUCAGAUUCAAGUGAAGGCCCAAGACGGUGGUUCUCCCCCUCUGAGCAGCAAUGUCACAGUGAUGGUGUUCAUUCUGGACCGCAAUGAUAAUAUCCCUCAGAUCCUAUAUCCUUCACCAGGUGCCAAUGGCUCAGCCUUGUUUGAGAUGGUGCCUCGGUCUGCAGAACCAGGCUAUUUGGUGACUAAGAUAGUGGCAGUGGAUGCAGAUUCUGGACACAAUGCUUGGAUUUCCUAUCAUCAACUUCAGGCUAUUGAGCCAGCACUCUUCACCCUUGGGCUUCACACCGGAGAGGUCAGGACAGCACGGCUCUUUGUGGAGAGAGAUGCUGUGAAGCAGAGACUAGUGGUUGUGGUGAAGGACAAUGGGCAGCCACCUCUCUCGGCCACCACUACUCUGAACCUGGUGUUUGCGGAGAACUUCCAGGAGGCCCUUCCGGAAAUGAGCAAACCACCCAAUGACUUAGAGUAUCAGUCUGAUAUGAAUACCAUUUUGGUAAUAGCCUUAGCUUUAGUCUCAUUUUUAUUCCUUUUUACGGCCAUAACAGUUUUAAUACUUAAAUUUCGGAGAGAGAGAACCCCAGCAGUGUUUGGGACCUACAAUACUGAAUUAUACUCUAGCUUGGGACACAAAUUUUCCUGGAAUUACAAUAAUGGGACAUUGACAUUGCCAUAUUCAUAUGAAGUAUGCUUAGCUUCAAAGUCAGGUCAUAGUGAGAUGACAAACCAAUUGGUGGUCACAGAUAAUCCCAUUACUACAGACGAUUCUGGAAUUGGAAAUGAAUCUCUGGGUGAAAAUCUCAGCUCUUAUAACGAGACACAGCAAGCACAGCCUAACACGGACUGGCGCUUCUCUCAGGCUCAGAGACCAGGAACUAGUGGGUCACAGAAUGGGGAUGAAAAUGGAACUUGGCCAAACAACCAGUUUGAUACAGAAAUGCUUCAAGCCAUGAUUCUGGCAUCAGCAAAUGAAGCUGCUGCCGCUGCCGCCGCCAAUCCUGAUGGAAAUUCUACUUUAGGAGCAGGAGCAACGGCAGGCACCAUGGGCCUCAGCACUAGGUAUGGCCCCCAGUUCACUCUGCAACACGUCCCUGACUACAGACAAAAUGUGUACAUUCCAGGCAGCACAGCUACUCUCUCAAAUUCCUCUGGCAAACGUGAUGGGAAACCUGCAGCCUCUGGAGGUGGAAACAAGAAGAAGUCAGGAAAGAAAGAGAAGAAGUAGGAAUCACAGGAUGACACCAGUGCCAUCUUAGAUCAAAAGGGCAGACUCUUCCAGCACUCCCCCAAUUCAUAGCCUAGGAUGGAGGAUGAAUGUGAAUUUGUGGUUAGCGACAACAACAAGAACAACAACAACAACAUAUAACAUCUGGAACAUGCGAAUGUACAAUGAUGUCGUGAUCAGAGCUAUGAGUAGUUUUUCUACUGCUAGUCCUCAUGAUGCAAAAGUAUUUGGAAAUAAAGCAAUUCAUGCCCUGUGAAUAAUGAUGAAUAUAGCUUACACUCUCUUGAGGGUAAUCUAAUAUGCAAGGGUGUCAGAUCUAUGAAACAUUUUCUCUUGUUGGUUUGGUCCAAAGUGAUCUGCACAACCUACAAGGCUUUGGGUGGGCUCUGUUCAUUGUAAAUAAUUCUUCUAAACUUUUUUUUUAAUUUAUACAUUUCCCCUCAUUUUUAAGUACAUUCUCACUUUCCCAGAUUUCUCAGAAAUCAAUCAAAACUGGAAUCCUUGUUAUGAAAUUGAUAGUGGGAGUGCUUUAGUUCCUGCUUUAUUUUAAAAGAAAUAAGUGUUUAUCCUGCAUCAUUACAAGGGAAUGACAUUCAGCUGCAUUGUAAACAUUUAUCUUUUUUUAACGUUGAACCAAUGAUGGCUGGAAAAAAUGAAACUGAAAUUAUGAUGCCCAAGAGGCAGGGUGCACAAACUUGUUGCAAUGGGAAGCCUUCCAAGGGCAGAGGAUGCCACAGAUAUUAGCAAGAUUGCCCUUAUUGAUUGAUUUACAGUGGCCUCUAAAGAGAUAGUACAUCUCAUCUACACUUUGGUCCAUAAAUAUUUAUGUGUACAGUAAAUGUUUCCUGGAGUAAGUUAAAGAAAGUGGAAGUCACUUGCUUGUGAACAGAGUGAGCUGCUGCUCCUUUAAGCACUGAAAUACCUGUUAGUUGCACAAGCAGAUGUCUUUGAUAUGUGAAUGGGCUCUGGUGGCCUUGUAGGUAGAGAAUUACAAAUGGAAUGCUUCACAUUCUUCUGCACAUCAAUCCGCAUGCAAAACACCUCACAUCUACAGUAGGACAGCUGACUUCACCUGCUAGAAUAGAAAAGUCAUUGCAUGCCAUAAACAGCAUGAUGUAAAUAUGCUGUCAAGUGCCCACAUCCUGGUGAAACCUGAGCAUUGUCUGUCCAUGAGUAAAGUUCAGUAACAAGGUGCAUUGCCCUGGGUCAGAAUGGUAGGAAAGCUUGCAUAUUCUGUAUGUCCAUGCAGCAGAGCCAAGAAAUAUCCUUGGUUCAUUGGCUUUCACCAAUUGAUAUUAAGUAAACAAGAGCUAGUUUGAGGAAGGGGGGGGGGGACAGGGACCAGGCACAGAUAAAGGAUGCUGGACAGCGAUUUCUAACUGCCAAGCCAGUGAUUCUAUCCCUGAGGUGAAGUUUUGAAUGUUAUAGAAAUGACAAAGCCUUGGUGCACUGAAGGUCCUUGGGACCCUGACCGCCACUAGAUUUAAAACAACAACAAAUCCUUUUGCUGUGUUUUGAAAUAACUUGUUUCAAGUUUUUUAAACUAUAUUAUUAUUAUAUAAUCUAGUAUUGACAAAAACUAAGGCUCUCCUACUCUGUGCCAUUCUUUAGCUUCUUUUGCUGACUCUUUGCUCAUUUACGCACAGCACAGACAGGAAAGCAAUGGCAAAGUGCUUUUGGUUGCCUUCCUACACACACUAUGGGUUCCCUUCAUUUUCAGCUAGCUUCCUGCAUCACAGUAGCUGAUCCACAAAGGCAGAGAAGCUGCAUAUUCCCAACAUGAAAGGAUAACCACCAGCCCAAGAACAUGUUUUUAUUUUUCUUAAACCUCUAAUAAACAGCAUGCCUGAGAUAGUCCACCUUUCUAUGAUCAUCUCAGGUUAAAUGUCUGACAAAUUUCCAAAAUGUUGCAGCCCAACUUCAUUGGCUGUGUAGUAUUCACUGCUAGAGCAUUUUGUGCACUAACUAUUUGCUGCCUCCCCAGUCUCUAGGAAGUGGGACUCUCUGCAGGAAGAAACUUCUGUCUACUUGUGAUUUUUUGUAUUGAUCCCAGUCACCCACCCCUUGUGUUUGGUGACUGCACUAGAAACAGUUUACAUAGUUAGUGAAAAAGAAUACAAUCCAUUGGAGAGUUCUCCUGCACAUGCCCCAUUGAAAUUUACAGGAGUGGUGCAAGUGCAUGAUAGGCCCUGUUGUGCAGCUCCCAUUGGUUUCAAUGGGGCUUGUGCAGGUGAACUUCCUGUUGGAUUGUGCCUAAGGCUUAUUAUGUACUGAAGUAGUUAUUAUGUGACCCUUCUCAAAAGUACUGUAGAUGAAUUUUAGUCAUUCCCUUUUUCCUUUUAAUCAGCAAGCUGAAAGUAGUGUAGUGGUGCUGCAAGCCUAGUGAUGUGUAGGUUUCUUUUCUUUUUUUAAAAAAAAAUCUUAGUAAUUGAGUUAUGGACAUCAAUAUUUUUUUUUACUCCUUUGUAUCUUCUUUAUGUGUGCUCUUUGUGCUCUUAAGUGUAUGUGAACUGAAACACACUUACUUGUCCUUUCAAUGUGUCUAAUAUUGAACUAUACUUAUAUAUUAUAUAUAUAUGCUUAUAUCCUUCUUACAUCCAUAUAGACUGACGUUGAUGUGUUACACGCAAGUUUUAUACUCUAAUAUUUAUAUUGCUCUUUUUUCUUUGGGAAAAAAUAAAAUCCUUUCUUCUGA